GAACCUUAAUCUGAUUCAAGCCUUGUAAGCUGACAAGUCUCUGCUUCAACAUGGUUUAUGGACAGAUCCUGCAUAGAAGUGGGACAGAGGAGGAACUUAUUAACCUCAAUGUUGGAGGAUUCAAGAAGAAAGUAAAACAAAGCACUCUUCUGAGGUUUCCACAAACCAGACUGGGUAAAUUGCUGAACUGUGAAUCUGAAGAGGCUAUUCUGAGGCUAUGUGACGAUUACAAUGUUACAGACAAGGAAUAUUACUUUGAUAGAAACCCUUGCAUGUUCAGAUAUGUUUUGAACUUUUACUACACUGGCAAACUCCAUCUAAUGGAGGAACUGUGUGUUUUUUCAUUCAGCCAAGAGAUUGACUAUUGGGGAAUCACUGAGCUUUCCCUUGGUUCCUGUUGCAGCAGUAUAUACCAGGAGCUAAAAGAAGAUGGGAUAGACAUUGACUGGGAACAAACAAGCGAUGAGCAACAGACCUUUGAUUCUUCUUUUGAGGAGCUGUCUGUCCUGGAUACAGAACUAGAGAAAUUUGAAGGCCUAUGCUGUGCAGACAUCAGAAGGGGUAUAUGGGUCAGACUUGAAAACCCUGGCUAUUCUAUAUCUGCAAAACUUAUUGCCAUAGCCUCUCUGAGCGUGGUCCUGAUAUCUAUUGUUGCCAUGUGUAUUCAUAGCAUGCCUGAAUUCCAAAAGUUUGAUGCCAGUGAUAAAGAAAUUGAAGACCCUGCCUUAGCAGUGUUGGAGAUUGUGUGCAUUAUCUUUUUCUCCAUAGAAUUUAUGGUGAGGCUUAUUGUGGCCCCUUGUCGAAGGAAAUUCUUUGGUAACCCCCUGAACACUAUAGACUUUGUGUCAAUUAUUCCAUUUUAUGCCACCUUGGCCAUUGACACUGUGGAUGAAGAGAGUGAGAAUUUGGAGAAUGUGGGGAAGGUGGUCCAGAUCUUGCGCCUCAUGAGGAUAUUCCGCAUUCUCAAGCUUGCUAGACAUUCUGUAGGACUCCGCUCUCUCGGUGCUACUUUGCGACAUAGUUAUCAUGAGGUAGGAUUAUUGAUUUUAUUUUUGUCCGUUGGGAUAUCCAUCUUUUCAGUGCUUGUCUAUGCUGUGGAGAAAGAGGAAGAUGAGUCAGAACUAAAAACCAUCCCUGUUGGUUGGUGGUGGGCAACUAUCAGCAUGACUACAGUGGGUUAUGGCGACACAUAUCCAGUAACGUUACUUGGAAAGAUCAUUGGUAGUGUAUGCAUUAUUUGCGGAAUAUUGGUAGUAGCCCUGCCUAUCACGAUUAUUUUUAAUAGGUUUUCGAAAUACUAUCAGAGGCAGAAGGAAAUGGACGUGGACCAGUGUAAUUCAGAAAUUAAGGAUCCAGAUCCUGCUCUUCCAUACUUUAAUGUAAUAGACCGAUAUGCCCGAAAGAGGAAUUCAUUUAUUAAUAGUAUUUCUUCUGCAAGCAGUGUAGCCAGUGAUAAUGAUGAUACAGAUGCAUCUAGCAUCCAAGUGGCUGAUCAUGUUUGUAAUAUCACUGCAUUGGAAAAUGGUAUGGUGAAAUAAGCUCAUUCUAUUUAUUUUUCACUCUAGGAAGACCUUACUUAAAGCACUUUACAGUUCUCAGGGCUUUUUUAUUGAUUUAUGUUGCCCAAUAUUACUUCCAGAUAUCAUCAAUAAUAAUUCACAUGCAUCUUAAUUUUCUUUAUUAUGCAUAAUUUCCUGCACUUUUCAACAUUAAAGGGACAUUCAUGUUUUAUGUGAAAAAAAUCAUAUUUUUUUUUGGAGACAUGAUUAUUUGUACUGCCUGCUUCAAAGAUAUGUGGUUUAUAAAAUAAAAGCCAAAAACAUACAGUGGCAUGUAAGUACAUUUGUCACUGUUCAUCAGGGGAAAGAUGAAUGCAUGCAUGUUUUAACAG